AUGGAGAACCAGACGUUCCGUGAGGACGUCCUGCUCCUGGAGGGGUUAAAGGUCUCCCAGCGGUCCAGCGUCCCCGCCUUCGUCCUCCUCCUCCUCGUCUACGUCUUUGUGAUGUUGACAAACAUCAGUUUGGUCGUCCUGAUCUUCACGAGCAGGACUCUCCGACAGCCCAUGUAUCUGCUCUCCUGCAACUUGAGCGUGAAUGACAUUAUUGGCGCCACAAGUGUCACGCCGUACGUACUCAGACAUGUUUUCACGCCACAUUCAGAGCGGUACAUUCGUUACACGGACUGUGUGGUUCAGGCCUUCUGUAUUCACCUCUACGCCAACGCCUCGCACACCGUGCUCAUGAUCAUGGCCUUCGACCGCUGCGUGGCCAUCUGCAACCCCCUGCGGUACGCCACCGUCAUGACCAACAGGAAGGUGGUGACGCUGUCGGUGGCGGCCUGGGCGGCGGCCUUCGUCGGUGUCACCGUCCUCCUGGGCCUCAGCAUGCGGCUGACUCGCUGCAGGCGGGUUAUCCCCAACCCGUACUGUGACAACGCCUCCUUGUUCAACCUCUCCUGUGAGAGCGUCCUCAUCAGCAACGUCUACGGCCUCGUCUUCACCGCGGUCAUCCUGGGCUCCUCCAUCGUCAGCAUCACGCUCACCUACCUGAGGAUCGCCGCCGUGUGCGUGCGCAGUAAAAACAAGGCGAUGAACCGCCGGGCGCUGCAGACGUGCUCCACUCACCUGGCCGUGUACGUCUUCCUGCUGGCGUCCUGCUUCAUCGUCGUGAUCCUGCACCGCUUCCCGAAGCUGGUGGACCACAGGAAGGUGGCGGCGCUCGUAAUUCAGGUGAAUCUUCCUGCGUUCAACACCGUCAUCUACGGGCUGCAGCUGAGAGAGAUCAGGAAGAGGAUCAUCGCUGUGUUUCACAGCAGGAAAGUAGCUCAAAUCAAAUAA